AUGCAUGUGAAUGUGGUCCAUGUUCUGGUCGGGUUGGUCGUUUUCCAGGUAGUACUUAAUGUGUUUUAUUUGGCAAAAUUAUCGAGGCCAUCUCGUGAGUGUGAAGAUGGGAAAGUAAAGUCUGCGCCGGUAUACAACGCUAGGAGAGGAAAGAGGACUGGUAAUCUUGAAGAAUUGGAGGAAUCUCAAGAACCCUGUCUUGCUUAUCCGCACACGCUCGUUGGUCGCAUUACCAUAGACUUUAACGUUACAAGUACUCUAGAGGACAUAAAACACGCUAUGCCUGCCAUGACUUGGGGAAAAUGGCAACCGACAGACUGCAAAUCAAGCCACCGAGUUGCCAUCAUCAUCCCGUAUCGUAACCGCAGACAUCUCCUUUCCGUGUUGUUACGCUAUCUUCACCCUUUCUUGCAGCGACAACAGUUACACUACAGAAUCUUUUUAGUGGAACAGGCAGGUGUAGGCACUUGGAACAAGGGUCGCGUCAUGAACGCUGGAUAUCUCGAAGCCGCAAAAUUGUUCGACUUCCAGUGCAUCAUCUUCCAUGACGUGGAUCUAGUCCCGGAAGACGAUCGGAACAGUUACGGCUGUCAUGACACUCCUCUUCAUAUGUCGUCUGCUCCGAGUCAAGAUAAGUACAAAACCCUGUACAAGUCACUUGUUGGUGGUGUGCUAAAAUUUCCCCGUGAACAUUUUCUGAAGGUCAACGGUUACUCCAACGAGUACUGGGGGUGGGGCGGAGAGGACGACGACAUGGCCCUGAGGCUAAAAGCAUCCGUGUUGGGAUUUGAGCGCGUGGAUCCCGUGCUGGGACGAUAUACAUCCUUAAUCCACGCAAACAGGGAUAAAAAUCCUCGCAGAAUGGCACUGUUGAAAAGCGCAAAACGCAAAAAAAGUUCCGACGGCGUGUCCACCAUACCAUAUCACGUGGAAGCAGUGACGGACGAAAAACUCUACACACAUAUUUUGAUAUCUAUAUAA